AUGUCAAAGACCCUCUGAAAUCUGUCAUGUUUAGUUGACGACGGGUGUUUUUUUCUCUUUAAUCUGACAAUACAAAUAUAAAAAUCAUUUUUAUAUAUUUGUAGAACAUUACAACUUUAUAUGGGUAGCUAGAAAUACCCAGGUUUAAGAAUAAAUUUACUAUGAGUGUUAUAAACAGUGAUUUUGAUAUAAUGGAUUUGAAACCUCCCAACCUAAGAGGAUGAACUUCAGCAAACUCUCAUAGCGUACAUGAUAUCAGUAAUGCAAGCUAAAAGGAGAUACCUUCUAGUAUUUUUCGUAGCUUUCCUAACAAUUUGGUACUUUGGGGGAUAUGAGCUAAGGCAUAAACCUAUUGCCCCUUUCAACAUUGAACAGCUACCAAGCUAUGUCAAUUUAGAUAGUGUAGAAACUGGCUAUACAAUAGGGAGAGAUAGACGUGCAAUACAAAAUGAUGCUAAAAUUCAUUGUCGAAUGGAAACCUGCUUUGACUUCAGUAAAUGUGAAACAGACUUUAAAGUUUAUGUGUAUCCUUUAGAAGAAAGUAAUGUGCCCAGUCCGUCCUAUCAGAAACUACUUAACGUGUUAUUGGAAUCGAGAUAUUAUACACAAGACCCCAAGAAAGCAUGCCUCUUUGUCUUAAGCAUCGACACACUGGACCGAGAUCGGUUAAGCAAUGAUUAUAUCAGAAAUAUGCAGACUAAGAUUCAAAGACUUCCCUAUUGGAAUGAUGGAACAAAUCAUAUAAUUUUUAACUUAUACUCGGGGACAUGGCCAAAUUAUACAGAAAAUAAUUUAGAUUUUGAUUAUGGAAAAGCUAUUCUAGCAAAGGCUAGCAUGUCUGAAGAUCAUAUGAGACCAGGAUUUGAUAUCAGUAUUCCUUUGUUCCAUAAGAUUCAUCCAGAGAAAGGUGGAGAUCCUGGAUCCCUAUCAGCAAACAGUUAUCCACUAGAAAAAACGUAUUUAUUAGCUUUUAAAGGUAAAAGAUACGUUUAUGGUAUAGGAUCCGACACAAGAAAUUCCUUAUAUCAUUUGCAUAAUCACAAAGAUAUGAUUAUGGUGACCACAUGCCGCCAUGGUAAAAGUUGGAAAGAUAGAAAAGAUGAGAGAUGUGAUGAAGAUAACAAAGAAUAUGAUAGAUAUGAAUAUGAAACUUUGCUAAAAAAUUCAACUUUUUGCUUGGUUCCUAGAGGUAGAAGAUUAGGAUCUUUUAGGUUUUUAGAAGCUCUACAAGCAGGCUGCAUUCCUGUUUUGCUAUCCAAUGGAUGGGUGUUACCAUUUUCUGAAGUUAUAGACUGGAAUAAAGCUGUUGUUUGGGCAGAUGAACGGUUACUAUUACAGGUGCCUCAUAUAAUACGUUCAAUAUCGCUUAGCAAGAUUUUACAAUUACGCCAGCAAACCCAAGUCUUAUGGGACAGAUAUUUUUCUUCUAUUGAAAAAAUCGUGUAUACUACCUUAGAAAUUAUAAGGGACAAGUUACCUAAGAAACAAAAACGAGAUGGCGUGAUAUGGAACUCCUUUCCAGGAGCUUUAGUUACUUUACCUACAUUUUCAGAUUCUUUGCAAGAUUUUCCUUUUCAUGUAAAAUCAGGUAAAGAUGAAUUUACUGCAGUUAUUUACUGUGAAUUAGGUAUACCAUUAUCUACAACUUCCACAUUAUUUAAACUGGUUAAUUAUUUAGGAAAAAGUAAAUAUGUUUCCAAAAUUCUUAUCGUUUGGUCCAAUGAAAAAAGGCCGCCAAAUAAAUCAAGAUGGCCAAACUUACCAAUACAUAUUCCAUUACAUAUCAUUGAAACUGGUAGUGGGAUGGAAUCAAAAUCAAGCAUCUCUCAAAGGUUCUAUCCUCACAAAGAAAUUACUACGGAUACUGUACUAUCGCUGGAUGAAGACACAGUAUUGACAACUGAGGAAAUUGAUUUUGCCUUCAUCGUGUGGAAGGAGUUUCCUGAUAGAAUUGUAGGUUAUCCUGGUAGAUCACACUAUUGGGAUGAUUCAAAAUCUACAUGGGGUUAUACAUCGAAGUGGACUAACGAUUACUCCAUUGUCUUAACCGGAGCUGCUUUUUAUCAUCAUUAUUACAACUAUUUAUACACGGAAUGGUUAAGUCCGCUGCUACAUAAAACUGUAGAGCAAAGUGGGAACUGCGAGGAUAUUUUGAUGAAUUUUUUAGUAAGCCACGUCACGCGUCGUCCUCCUCUUAAAGUGACUCAAAGAAAACAAUACAAAGAACAACCAAGCGCUGGUAGUUGGUCACCGUGGAAUGACCCAGACCAUUUUAUCCAAAGACAAACCUGUUUAAAUACAUUUGCCGCUGUCUUUGGCUAUAUGCCUCUCCUUAGAUCAAAUUUAAGGCUUGAUCCAGUGCUUUUUAAAGAUUCUGUUUCAAAUAAAAGAAAGAAAUAUCGAAGGAUAGAGGCAGUUGGAAGUUAGUCAAUAUUUUUAACAAAGAGAAUAUUCUAAAUUGAAGUGAUUUAGGCACAUUAUAUUUCUUCGUUUUCGAGCUUAAUAUUUAUUUACAACUCUUUUAAUAUUUAUUGAUUUACACUUCAAUUUAAAACUGUUCAUGCUAAAUCAUUCAAUAUUCAAAUCAUAAAAGCGCCAAGGUGUACGAAAUUCCAAAACAAGGCAAUAACCUCACAAAAUGUUUGAAUAACCCCCUUUACUGGCAAAUAAUAUAUUAAUAAAAUCCGAAACCAUAUCUUUAAGCAAUACUUAUUAAAUAUUUAAGAUUCGCAGAGAUUUUGAGGGAUUAUAGCCGAAUUUCUAACCACUAUUUAUUUGUACGUCUGGUAUAACUUCAAAGAAAAUGUUUCGCACUGUGUAUUAAACAUGUAUAUAUCAAAUUUAUAGAUAUCAAUUUUUAUAUAAAAACAAUUUCGAAACUUAUGCCGUACAAAUUACCUUAUAUAUAAUUUACCACGGUAUUUUGCUUAAAUAACAAAUUAGUAUCAAUUAAUGAAAGCAAUACGAAUAUUAAACACUUGAAAUGACGCUUUUUAAAGUUUAUGAUUAUACAUGAUUUACUAGUCAAACAUUGAAAAGUACACCCAGUCAACAACCAAAGGUAAUGUGCUCAUAUUUUAAUGAAUGCUUUUACAUUCCUUGAAAUGCAUUUUUCAGUACAUUUUUUUUGAAACUACCCCUGAAAAUUCCUCUGGUUGUUGGUUAAAUUUAAUUUGUCUCAUAAAACCCAUAAACAAUAAUUAACCAUAUAUGUAUAUAUAUCUUUUUUUACAAUGAGUUUUGAAAAUACUAUUUUUAGAUUUUUAUACUUAUAUAUAAUUUUAUUUAGUAGUUACCAUUUUUUAAUGACUUGUUAUUUUUUUCCAAAGUUUAUUUCAUUAUUUUUAUUGUGGUAAUUGCUCUUUUUAUAAUAGAUAACGUAUUUAAUAUGUUGGAAAGUGUCCAAUAAUACAUUUUUAAAUAUUUUGUAUC